AUUCAUACAUAUUACGAAGUAGUUCGUCUCUUUCUCUCUCUAUCGAGAAGGCGAUUGCAGAGAACACUGAGUACUGUAAAAUAGAAAGAAAAGGAGAGAGAAUUCAAGAACUGAGAAAACGAUAUUUGAGAGCUUUGCUUCCUCCCUCUCUUUUUCACCACACAUAAGAGGGUCUGAAGUUUGAUGAAGAUGACAUCCAUGUCCAAGACCGCCGUGGUGAUAUGGAAGUAGUAAAUUCUGAAGCACUUGCGGAGAAGGGAAUUGCCUUUCCAAUUCUAUGUCACAAGAUUAUAUUUUCAAUUUCUCGCAUGGGUUCGAGAGAUCGUCGGCACAGGAUCAGCAGCAGAAUCAUCUCGGCCAUCAGAUCCGGAGGGAUAAGCUGAGGGUACAAGGGUUUGAGCCACCACUGGUCGGAUUAGAACAAGUGGAUGAAGGACCAGGUGGAGGCGGUGGUUUACCCGCAGUUUAUGAGACUGGUGCCGGUAUGUUGUCCGAGAUGUUCAAUUUCCCAUCUGGUGGAUCCAAUUCCGCCUCUGAAUUGCUGGUGAACCAGAUUAACUACCAGCAACAACACCGUAAUCAGCGGCCAUCCACCGCCGGAGAUUGGUAUGGCAACAGUGCUCAAGCCAUGCAACUUUUCCUAACCAAUCCGUCACAUGAAUCUCCAUCUUCAGAGUCUCCUUCUCACCAUCACCACCAUAACAAUCCUCCUUCUUCUUCAACGCUUCACAUGUUGCUGCCGAACACUGUCCCAUCUGCCAAUUCUACCCUUCACCAUCAACAAAGCUUCGGUAGUUCCACUGGUACCGGACAAGGGCAUUUUGGUCCAUCCACUCAAUUCACAUGGGUUCCUCCUGGUGGUACCUCUCAUGAAGGGGAAGGCGUCGGUGGAGUUGUGGAUAACCAAGGCCUUUCUCUCUCAUUAUCUUCUACUUUACAGCAUCUGGAAGCAGCUAAAGUUGAAGAAUUGAGAAUUGGCGAUGAUUCAUCGGCGGCCGGGAUGUUAUACUUUAAUCAAGUGGGCGGUGGCGAUCCUUACCGGAAUUUGAAUAUGCAAGGAGCAGGUCCGGUUAUGGGCCAAACCCACCACCCAAUCCAUAUCGGCUAUGGAUCCUCUUCGUUAGGAGUGGUUAAAGUGCUUCGAAAUUCAAGAUAUGUGAAGGCAGCUCAAGAAUUACUUGAAGAAUUCUGUAGCGUCGGGAGGGGUCAGUUCAAGAAAAACAAAUCUGGCUCAAAACAUAAUAAUCCAAAUCAGAAUCCGACCAACAGUGGCGGCGGCGGCGGCGGCGGUGGUGGUGGUGCAUCUUCUUCUUCUUCAAAAGAUCAGCCUCCUUUAUCAUCUACUGAGAGAAUUGAGCAUCAAAGACGAAAGGUCAAACUCUCUUCCAUGCUUGAUGAGGUGGAUCGGAGAUACAAUCACUACUGUGAACAGAUGCAAAUGGUGGUGAAUUCAUUUGAUUUAGUGAUGGGAUUUGGGGCGGCAGUGCCAUACACGGCGCUAGCGCAAAAGGCUAUGUCUCGCCAUUUUCGUUGUCUAAAAGACGCAAUCUCCACCCAAUUGAAGCACAGUUGCGAAUUAUUGGGGGAGAAAGAUGCCGGUUCGUCUGGAGUCACCAAAGGUGAGACACCAAGGCUUAAGUUAUUGGAACAAAGCCUUAGACAACAAAGGGCAUUUCAUCAAAUGGGCAUGAUGGAACAAGAAGCUUGGAGACCCCAAAGAGGCUUGCCUGAACGUUCCGUUAACAUUUUAAGAGCUUGGCUUUUCGAGCACUUUUUACACCCGUAUCCAAGUGAUGCUGAUAAACAUCUGUUGGCUAGACAGACUGGGCUGUCCAGAAACCAGGUGUCCAAUUGGUUCAUUAAUGCAAGGGUCCGGUUGUGGAAACCCAUGGUGGAAGAGAUGUACCAACAAGAAAGCAAAGAGGAAGUCGAUCAUCAUCAUCAUCAAGAUGACGAUCAAGAUGAAGAAAAUAAAUCAGAAGGCAACAUUAAUUACAAUAACCAACACAAAAAUGGUCCCGCUUCAUCAUCUCCUUCUUCUGCCAUGGCACAAACUCCGAUGCAUCCACCACCUCCUCCUCCUCCAGCCACUGUUCCGACAUACACCACCAAUUCUACAGCAACACCUGCAAAAAGAUCCGAAAUCAAUGACCCUGAAAACGACCCAUCAAUCCUUGCAAUCAAUACACAACAUUGCUUCUCGGAAAACCAAGCUACUACAAUGUCAUAUUCAUAUACUCCCACCAUCACCACCACCGGAAACACUUCCACCAUUCCACCAUCCUUUCCUACCACACAUGAUGCUGAUCACACCUGCCGACGUGGCAGCAUUCUUGAUGCCGGGGAUGAUGCUGCAGCUGACAUUGGUUCAACCCUCAUAAGAUUUGGGACCAGUGCUGGUGAUGUGUCACUCACUUUAGGGCUACGUCAUGCCGGAAAUCUACCGGAGAAGACUUCUUUUUCAGUUAGAGACUUUGGGGGGUGUUGAAUUAUUACAAGUCUAUAAGGUGCCUAGUAAUUUAAAAUAAUUUUUUAGGCCAUUAUUAUACCAAGAAGCUCAUAAAUUUUCUUUCUCUUUUAUUAUUUUUAUAUAUAUAUAUUCUACCAAAAUUUUACACCAUGAUAAAACGUAGUGUUGUGUUGAUAGCAGCAUUUCAUUUGGGUCUAGUCUAAUUGUAUAGUACCUGCUGUAUAUUUUCCUCUUGUAUUAAACUUCUACUCUUGUCUCUAUCCUAAUAAUUAUGCAAAAUUCAUCC